AUGCACCCCAACGGGCAGCGAAAGCUGGGAAGUCCUCAGUCCUCUGGUCGGGGGCCCACGUCAAGGCACGCCGCCGUGGCUCUCGGUGAAAACAUCUACGUCAUUGCGGGAAUCGAGCCUGAUGCAAGUCAAUCCACCGGAGUCUCAACCAUCGACUCGGUGGAGAGAUACAACGUUCCUAAGGAUGAGUGGUCCUUCGUUGCGCCCUUGCCCAUCCCUAUGAACCAUGCCAACGCCAUCGCGACCAACGGAAAGAUCCACGUUCUCGGCGGGCUCUCCGGCGGCGCCGCCUUCUGGGCACUUCCGAACUGCUAUGAGUACGACCCUGUUACCAACAAGUGGACUGAGCUCCCGUCCAUGCCCAAGGAUACGGAGAGAGGCAUCUCUAUCCUUGGAGCGUAUGGUGGCAAGAUCAUCGUCGCCGGUGGCAUCACUGGGGGCGACGGGCUCCAAGAGACCGUCGACAUCGUAUCAUCCUACAACAUCAAGACUCAGGAAUGGGAAACUCUCUCCAAUCUCCCCGAAAGCCGCGAGCAUGCCGGAGGUGGCGUCUUUGGUAACAGCUUCUACGUAGUCGGAGGCCGCGUCCGGAGCCAAACCGCAGUCCGCGACACAGUCUACGUCCUCGACCUCAAGACGCUGGAGUGGAGCGAGCCGAUUCUCGGGCAGCGCAUCUACACCUUUGGAGGCGAAGGAAAUCUGGAUCCGGAGGGUGGGUUUGUGUUCAACGAGACGGAGGUGUACGACAUCCGCGGCGACUGCUGGGAGAAGGUCCAGCCGAUGAACACGCCCCGCCACGGCAUGGCGGCGGUUGCGUUUAACGGGAGCAUAUACACGCCUGGAGGUGGCAUUCGCGACUUUGACAUCGUUGAUAACAUGGAGGUCUUGCAUCCUGGCUCGUUCAAAUGGUAA